ACAGUGCGACGACGGUCUUGCGAAUCACUCCUCGAAAAAGUCGAAAUUCGGUACGAAAUAGUGAUCAGAACUGAUCGAAACUAGUGUUAAGUGAAAAUUUAAGUGACACGUUACUAAAAUAUGGUGAAGGUUUCUAGGAAUCAACGAAUUUGAGCACGAAAAUCGACAAAACACGAACGCGACCACUUGUUGGAUUUCUUUUUUCUUGUUCUGCAAGUUUACUCGAAGUGUGUGUGAGCUCGGUAUUUAGCUUCAAAUGUGGUGGUGUCUCUUCGGAAUGUAAACAACGCAGACAUGCGCAACUGUUUGUAAACAAACCAAUGUGCAAACGAGGCGGCGUAUUGACCACCCGGCAUUUGUGAAUUAAAAUGUGCGCCGUGUCUGAUUCACACAGCUAUGCGCGAGUAUCAACAUAAAUCGACGAAAACACCAGCAUAGAUAGACUAUUAUGCGUUUAUGAAUGAGUUGCUUGACCCGUCAUUCAUACAAUUCUACUUGUCACAUACCGAUGGUUUGCAUUGAUUGAUCAAGUUUCUCUCUACAGUAGUGACAAUUGAAAGGCGAAUUUCUAAUAAUGGAGCCAGUUUUUAUCGAUGAACGACAAGAUAUCCAGAAGAAAACAUUUACCAAAUGGAUCAAUGGAUACUUGACAAAAUCGGGGACACCCCCGAUAAAAGACCUUUUCGAAGAUCUUCGCGAUGGUCACAAACUCCUGUCGCUGUUGGAAGUUCUGACUAACCAAACAUAUAAACGUGAGAAAGGAUGCAUGCGUGUGCACCAGAUAAAUAAUCUUAACAAAGCGCUAGCGGUUCUACAGGAAUGUGGAGUCAAACUAGUGAACAUUUCCAGUGAUGACAUCAAUUCCGGCAAUGCGAAACUUACUCUCGGCCUGAUCUGGUUGAUUGCACUCAGUUUCGACGGACAGAAGCUAGUCAACUCACAAGCCAUAAGCGGCAUUGAAAAAUCGCUGCUCAAUUGGGUUCGAAAGUUGGUUGAGCGGCACGGUAUCAAGAUCAAUGAUUUUUCAACCAGUUGGUCGGAUGGGUCGGCAUUUUUGGCAGUUUUGGCCGAGGCCAUUGAUACCUUCGAUCUGCCAACGGCUUUACGAAUGCACCCGAUCGCUCGGCUCCGUAUGGCAUUCGAUAUGGCCUACCGGCAUCUGAGCAUCGAGCAGCUUCUGGACCCCGAAGAUGUCAAUACCAACAAACCGGACAAAAAAUCCAUCCUUAUGUACGUAAUGUGCCUGUACAAUGCCAUAGAUUCGCGUAAACUGGACCUACAGCAGGCUGAAAGCGUACAACAUUUGGCCCAUCACGUAGAUAGUACGGAGGAAAUUCAACUGCUCACCGAGAAAGAAAUGCAAGAGCAAACUGAUGAAGAUAGCCGAAAUAACAAUGCUGACAUCACAGAGCCAUGUGCUGAUGAAGAUUCGGCACAUCCCGGAAACUUAACGCACCUCGAAGAAAUUUCCUUAGCCAAAUCUAUUGAUGAUUUGCGAAAUUUCAAUCGUGAGAACAAGGUUAAAUUACUAUCUCAAACAAAACCGAUUGUUCAAAGGAUCGAGCAUACUGAGGCAGUAAGUUCGAAUCUGAAACUGGCUGAAUCCGUUGUAAUUCCAGAGAAAACAGAUUCCUUCUAUUGGGAGCCAUCAAACUCACGACCUGUCUCAACUGCAACCAAUUUCUCCGUUGAAUUCAGUGGUUAUCAAUCGGCAGUUGAGGAAGUGCUAACCAUGCUGUUAGAGGCAGAAGAAAUAUUUUCCAAGGAAAUGGCAGAAGCUAAAAAUUUAGCAGAGGCGAAGGUACAGUUUCACGAGCAUGAAGAAUUUAUGGCAAAAUUGUCUGAUUAUCAAUCAUUUGUGUGCGGUGCGCUGGACGAAGGAUCGCGAUUAAUUAGCGAAUCCCAGGCUAACCCUGGUACGCAUGGCUUGGAUUUAGAAGGUCAAAAUGAAAUCAAACAGCAACUGUUUUUAUUGAACGAACGAUGGGAAAUUUUAAGAGUAAAUGCCUUAGAGCGACAAACUAAGAUUCACAAAAAACUAGCAAGUUUGCAGAUGGAAAAAGUUGAUGAGCUUAAAAAGUUCUUAACCUUAACCGAGGAUAGGAUUUCCCGGAUGAAUGACAUCGGACCCACACCAGUGGAGUUGAAGAGACAACUCGAACAGCACAAAAUAUUGCAAGCAGAUAUGGAAGCACAGGAAAUACUAGUCGAUAGUCUCAGUAAUUUAGUGAUAAUAAUUGAUUCGGACAACUUUGCCGAUUUGGAAGAUAAAUUAUCGGCUUUGGAAGAACGAUGGUCGCAUUUAAUCAAAUGGAUUGCAACCCGUUGGGAAAAGUUACAGACUUUGAGCCAACGUUGGACCAACCUUUCGGAACAAUAUCGAAUUAUAUGCCGCUGGAUAGAAUCCCGGAAGCACGAUCUUAAGAAAAUGGAAACAAAUGAAUCAGUUGAAAUGGGAGCGAUGAUGGAACGCAUCAAAUGUUUACAGUACUGUAAGCAUGACAUCAAAGUACUUACCAGUUAUUUACAAGACUUAGAAAACAUAGCCCAGUCAUUGAGCGAUGAGGGAUACUCGUCGUUGAAUAUAUUAACUAAAGUGGAGUAUUUAGGCGACAUGUGUGAUGCGCUGAGUCAAAUACUGGAAGCCCAAGAGGCCCGUGUCGAGAAUAUGGGUUUCCAAAUUUCAUCAGAAACCGAUGGGGUAGAAAGUAAUUUAAUAAAACCAGAAUCCUGGGAAGAUUUCCAGGUAAAACUGAACGGCGAUAUCAAAUCUGAGACAGAUAAACAUGAGCUUUAUAAUGAGCCAUUUGAUAAUAAUGAAUAUUCUCCCCAGUCUGAAAAGAAAAGGAAACUAGAGCAGCCGGAACCUGUGGUACAAUUGAAUGAAUUUAUGUAUGAAAUGAGAAGUGCAUUAAACGAUUGUGUGGAUCAAUUGAAUAGUUUAGAAAAGCUAGAUUUGAAACAGCGGCUAGCAGUGUUAGAAAAAGUAGAAGCGACUCUAGAGAAACGAAAACAAGAUUUUGGGAAAGCACAAACUAUGUACGAUCAAUGUAAAUCUUUGCCAAAUGUGGAUUUGGAAAUUGAACACAGUCAGCUAAUUGAAACUAAAGAGCAUCAAAAAACACUUAAAGCACGCUUAUAUGAUCUUAGUAAAGAACUUCAGUUACAAGUCGUAAAAGACAAGUUCAGUAGAAGCCUUACGGGUUUCAAACUUAUUCUAGCCGAUACACGUGAUUGGUAUCAUCAAAAUUCGGCAACAAUGACCGUGGUAGAUUUAGAUAAAAGACUAUCAGAUAUGAAUUCCUUCUCAGACGAAAUCGAAGAGAAUCGUCAAGUUGUUUGUUCUAACACUGGGGAUGAAUGGCAUGUUUGGAAAAAGGAUUUUGAUCAGUUUGUUGAAAGUUGGAACGAUAUGAAAAAUGCCAUCGGCCGGCUUAUCAUAGACAAAGGUGGCUACAAAGAACACAGUGAAAGUAUUCAGCAAAUGCAAGAUUUGGUAGAUCAAAUAGAACAUUUGCCAAUUGUUCAUGGAGAUCACAGCUGUAUGCAGACCAAUUUAGACCGGAUGCACAACCUUAAAUCCAUUUACAAUCAAUUGAUUGAUGCUGGUUGCACUGAAAUUCUACCAAAAAUUUCCAACGAUAGUAGGUUCAGUGCAUUGGUGUCAAUAUGGCCUAAUCUCUCUCAGAAUAUUAAUGACAAUAUCAUCCAGCAGAAUAUCGCUAUUGAAAAUUUAAACCACUUCAACUUAGAACACGAUAAUAUAAUAAAAGGCCUUGGUCAAAUAGAAAAUAAUCUUUUGAACGAUGUGUUCAUACUGGGUGAGAUCAAAACACUUCAAAAGAAAACCGUUGAGUAUGAACAAUAUGUGGUGGACCUUAAGAAACUUGACAUUGAUAUAAUAAGUGUGCGAAAUUUUUCCGAAAUGAUUGUUGAAAAUAGCGAAAGCAGUGCACGACAGUUGUUGGCCUCCAAAGUUCAGAGCCUAUCUGAAAAACAUAAGUCAAUAAACGACUUGUACAUGAAAAAUGUGGAAAAGUUAGCGCAAACAAAGUCCAUCACGGAAAGUAUUCUAUCACGUGUUCACGAAACAGAACUGUGGCUCAAUGACCUGGAAAUGAAUACUCCUAAAAAUUUAAAUUCUGAGAUUGGCAGCCUAAACGAGUUGUACCAGAUAAAAUCCAAAUUUCAGUCUCUUAAGGAAACUUGCGAACAGCAAACACUUAAAUUUCGUGAGCUGAACGAAUCCGGUAACGAAAUACUGAUUCAGAUCGAUGAGCUGAUUCAAACAAAAACCGAACACAAAGUAUCGUAUAUGGCGAAAAAGUUCACCAAGCUAAAUGCCCGUUGGAAUGAAGUCACUUCGCUCGUAUACACCCGUACAGCUAUUUUGGAGCAUAUAUCAAGCCAGAUGGGUGAAUUUAAGACACUGAUCGUUGCAGAGACCGGCUAUCUAGACAAAUUGGAAAAGAUACUGCGAAAAAGUCCGGAAAGUGCUGCCGAUGCGGAGGAAAUCUCCGAAGAACUUGAUGAUAUUGAAAACUAUAUUCGCAACCAUCCUCAGGUCAGAUUUGACAAAAUCGGUUCGAUUGGAAAAGAACUGUGCAAUUUGGAAUUCAUGGUGUCGUCUAUCGAAAGCGAUAUGCGUCAAGUCAACGAGCGUUGGGAAAGUUUACAAGACUUGGCAAAACAGCGCACAGUUAAACUAGAAUUGGCAGUACGAGAAGCACAGUCUUCUGAAAGUCAAGUAUCAUGCUUACAGCAGUGGAUUAUUCGGAUUGAUGGAAUCUUGAAUGAAUUUAUUGAAAAUGAUACCACCAUCGAAGAUGUGCCGCACGAUUUUCAGAAGCUACAGGAAGAAUUCGAUCACCACGAAAAGGUUCUGGUCGAAAUGACAAAGAAAGUAGAUCAUUAUAAAAAAGAAGGCAAGUUGGAGGCAGCAAAUCGUUACCAUGAUCAAGUGAAGUUGCUCCAGGAUCAGUAUAAGGCGUGUUUGCAAAAGCUCAAUCGGCUAACUUCACCACAGGCUGCUUUUGAAACGAAACUAAACCACGCUUUGGCAGAAUUGCGUAAUGUCGAAAAGAGUGCGAUCAUUCUGGAUCCUUCGUCGGCCGGUCCAUCACAUCUGCAGGAUCAGUUCCAGCAUUGCUUGAAAAUGUAUCGUAUUUUAUCGGAAGUAAAGGGCGAGAUAGAACAGGUGAUACGCACCGGGCGUAAGGUGUGUGAUGAUAAAUCCACAAAAAAUCCUCAGAAGCUGGGACAACGGAUUGAUACACUGAAACAUUUGUAUAAUUCGUUGGGUGAAACAGUGACGCAAGCGAAAAUUUCCUUGGAAAACAUGCUUAAGUUAAUGCGAACAUUGGAGGAAAAUUUAUCGAUCAUUGAUAAUUGGAUAGCUGAAAACACCGACGUCAAACAGUCGACCGAAGAGGAAGAACGGAUGGUCAAUGAGAAGGUAGUCGCUUGUCUGGAACUAUACAACGAAUAUAAAAAGAUAUGCGAUCCGUUAUACCUGGAGGAUCUCAAAGCUCGAAUAGACGAAGCAGAAAAGCAGUUCAAGAAUAUUCGUAGCAUGGAUGUAAAGAAGAAACUGAACUAUAUGCAGCAUACAUUGCAAAACACCGAGACAGUUGGAAUCGACGUUUUACGUACUAUGGAAAAAGACCUCAGAAAGGUUGAGUCGAACAGUGACGCCGAGGUGGAGGUUCUCCUAGAGAAAGUUUCACAAAUCGUUCAGGAAGCACUGAAAGACAGUAGCACCCCGACGGAAGAAGGAAGUUUUUCCGAGUUUGUAAACGUUAGCGAUACAGUCCGCCAAAGACGAGCGAAAACACCCAGUACUGCACCACAAACCGAUCGACAGCCUAACAUGCACCAACAACUUACAGAACACGAACCAGUACAGAACGCGCACCAGACAAAUAUAUUACCAGAUGUUCUACCCGCCACUUUUCGGCUGGCAGAGAGCAGCUCAUUAUUUUCUAAUAUAUCAAACAACGAAACGACAGAACACGUGCACGAAGAACUCUCGAACAUCCAACAGAGUAACGAAUGUUCGGUUGUUGAAAUAAAAGAAACCAAUGUGAGUCCUAAAAUGUCUGUAUAUUUACCACAAUGGAAUGACGCUCACCAGGGACAAGUUGUGGAUACUAUUAAUAUUUUGGAAACCUGCAAAUCCUUCGAGCCGCAGCAGGUUGAAACUGUCCACAUUGUAGACGCUUCAUCCGAUACAGACACAAGCUGCCCUUCGCCAAAGCUAGACACUAAAAAAAUAACAAAUAAUUCUCGCGAAGGUCAAAAAGUGGUCCCUUCGACACAAACUAAACCAUUGGAAGCGUUUGAACAGGCUCCAAAAGUUUCGAACAUGCUGAAGAUUACCAAACAGCGAAUUUCGUUCUCACCGAAAUCGGUUCGCAAAAUCGACAGGGAUCCUCCCAAACCUACACUUCUCAAGAUGCGAGCGAACUUGGUAGACCUUUUGGCCGAUGAGCGCGACAGCUUUUACAACUCUGACAAAGAAAACUAUGACGAACCGCUGAUAUUUUCUGAAGAUGAAGACAUUCCACGAUACUCUAUGGAAAUGGCAACCGACUCCGAUAGCGACACGAGUCGCAUCGAAACCCCAAACACGAGCAAGGUGGGGAACCAAUUUUCCUCGCCACAGUCGGAGCAUUCCUCUAUCGUUUACGGUUACGAUUCUUACAAAAAGCUAACCUCUCUGGAGCACCGGGUGGAUGAGUUCGAGAAAACUGCCAAAUACAUGAUCAAAAAGUUGGAGCAAACGCGCGAACAGAUCGACAGCUGUGAAGAAAAUCCCAGCGUGAUCGAAAACCUCAAACUCACAAUCGCACCGGAUGCUGCCACCCUGAUAUCUCAGGGCGACACAAUGAUUCUGGAAACGCAUGGCAAGUCGAAUCUGUUGACACAACGUCUCAUGGAUAUCCAAACUCAACUACGGGACAAAUUCAAGGAAGUUCAGAAUUCACGGAACUACAACAAACUGAACCAGUCACUAGGUUUAUCUGACAGCAUGAAUGAUUCCGAUCAUUCCUUCAGUGAUCGUGACUUUCAUCAGUUGAAGGCCAUCAAAUUGGAAGAAAUAUCAUCCAAAGUACUAAAACGCAUAGGAGAUCUUUUGGUUAAACCACUGACGAAAGACAACGAGGUUGAACUGACUAAACGUAUCCUGGACAUCAAGGAACGGCAGGAAGAAGUCAAACUGGCGAUCGGAGUUGCUUCCCAAUCGAUGCCUUCGGAAAUGGUAUCGCACACAAUGACUGACUUAGAGAAGGGGAUGCGUGAUUUGUCUGUACACUUUGACACAACAAUCGCAGCGUUAGUAUCGUUGAAUAAAAGUGGCAGUCGAGAAGCGGCAAAUAUGCUCAGCGAGCACGAAUCUGCAAAGAUUCUGGCUAUGUUACAAGAAACGUCACCAUAUCUGGGAUCGUCCGUUGUGUUUGGCAGUUCUAACAUUUCAAGCUCGAAUUCAAGUACCAGUCCACUCAUCGAUGUUGAAAAAGUAUUGAGCUGCGCUAACGAACUGAUAACGAAACAGGUCAGCGAUGCGAAUGAAGAUGAGCUCUCCCGGCACCUCCUGGAAGUUACGAAAAAGCAAGAAGAGCUAAAACUAGCCAUCGAGAUGACAUCCAAGGCGAACCAAUCGAGCCAAGUGAAAAGUACUAUGGAUUCACUGGAUAAGGUUACCAAAGAACUUUCAGUCCAUUGUGAUGAAGUCGUUAAUGCGUUGGCUGCAUUAAAUCGUUCUCGCGAUCCUAGCUCAAUGGAAGGUCAAACCAACACGUUAGCAUCCGACACGUACGUUCCAGGGGCAUUUACGGCCAAAACUCAGGCUAAGGCCGUUGCGGUAACGUUGGUGAGUAACUUUGACCGGUCAGUGGCACAAAUCAUGGAAUGGCUAGAGAUCGAACGCGAGAUGUUGAAGAAACAUUGCGUCGUUGUUGGUGAUACGGAAAUGGUGCUAACUGCUAUCGACAAGCAAAAGAAUUUACUGAGUGAUUUGGAAAUCAAGAAACCACAGCUAGACGAUCUGGUCAACACAGCGGAGAAUUUGAAAACUGACCUCAACAAGCAGUAUUUGCACAACAAAGUUUCCCGAAUGCGUGAGCAAUGGGAUGAAACAUCACAAUCGGUCUUGCAACGCAAAUCCCAGCUGACAGCAAUGCUUGGAGAUUCUCAAAGGUAUGAAGCAAAGCGGAUCGAGAUCGAAAAUUGGCUAACGCGCAUGGAAGCCCGCUCAGAACGGAUGGGCGUCAUAGCCACUACAGCAGACAUCCUGGACAUUCAGCAGAAGGAGCAGAAAUCCUUCCAUGCCGAGUUGCACCAGUUUAAGCAUCACAUUGAGUUGUUCAAUCAACUUACCCAAAAGCUGAUUGCCGUCUAUCCAUCCGAUGAUACAUCACGAAUUAAGCGAAUGACGGAAUCGGUCAACUUGAGAUAUAACAACCUUACAAAUGCUGUAAUAUCUCGAGGGAAAAUGUUACACGCAGCUGUUUCAUCUUUGCAGUCAUUCGAUAGAAACUUGGACCAGUUCCUGGGUUGGCUCAGCGAAGCAGAAUCCAUGUGUGAGAACACUGAGUCCGAGAUUGACAGAAAUCCGCACGCCUACAAGGAUUUGCAGUCCGAAAUUGAGUCCCAUCGUGUCGUGUACGAUAGGCUAGAUAACACUGGUCGGAAGCUGUUGGGUUCGCUCACCUCGCAGGAAGAUGCUGUUAUGCUGCAACGCCGUUUGGAUGAGAUGAACCAAAGGUGGAACCAUCUCAAAUCAAAGAGCAUCGCCAUAAGGAAUCGGCUUGAAUCGAACUCCGAACACUGGGGCGCUUUGCUGUUAUCAUUGAGAGAGCUCACAGAAUGGGUUAUCCGGAAGGACACCGAACUGAGCUCCCUGGGUUUGGGCCCUAUGAAAGGGGAUGCUGCUAGUUUGCAGAAGCAAAUGGACGAUCAUCGUGCGUUCCGCAGACAACUAGAGGAUAAACGUCCGGUUGUAGAAAACAAUCUUCUGAGUGGGAAGCAGUACGUUGCAAACGAACCACCAUUAUCGGAUACAAGUGACACAGAAGCAAUUGACAGUGAAUCACGUUAUAUGUCUGCUGAGGAACAGAGCCGUGAGCUAACGAGAAGCAUACGACGUGAGGUGAAUAAAUUAUCCGAACAGUGGAACCACUUGAUCGAUCGAUCAGAUAACUGGAAGCACCGGCUGGAGGAGUUUAUGACGAAAAUGCGCCAAUUCCAGAAGGUGCUGGAAGAUCUCAGCUCGCGGGUGGCGUCGGCUGAAACCUUGACCCAAUCGUGGACGGUGCCGACGAGUGCGACGGAUGCUGCCGAACAGAUGCCACAUCUGCAGCGGCUGAAGGACAAAAUGACCACGGCUGGUGCCCUGCUGGACGAUUGCAACGAGCAGCAGAGCUUCUUCACGGCCAAUCACGUCCUUGUUCCGAAUCAGUGUCUUGCCAAACUGGAGGAUCUCAAUACAAGAAUGAAAUUGCUCCACAUUGCCAUGGACGAAAGGCAAAAGAUUUUACUGGCCAACGGAGCGAACCAAUCGACAGCAGUGGAUGCAGAUGGCAACAAGUCUAUCACACAUGGAGGUAUCAGCACCGGCACAAUUGGCGCGGUGCCAAAUUUAGCCACAAGCGUGAAACCUCCGUGGGAAAGAGCAACGACCCCCGCCAAUGUGCCUUAUUACAUCAAUCACGAACGAGAAAACACGCAUUGGGAUCACCCGGAAAUGAUAGAGCUAAUGAAAUCGCUUGCAGAUUUGAACGAAGUUCGGUUUUCCGCCUACAGAACGGCACUGAAACUACGCACGGUGCAAAAAAGAUUAGCGUUCGAUCGCAUCGCGAUGAACGUGGCCAUAGAAUCGUUCGAUCGUCACGGUUUGCGAGCACAAAAUGAUAAGUUAAUUGAUAUACCGGAUAUGACGACAGUGCUGCAUUCAUUGUACAUAACCAUCGAACCGAUCGAAAUGCCUUUGAUGCUUGAUUUGGCUAUCAACUGGAUUCUCAACGUCUAUGACUCGCAACGCACCGGUCAAAUUCGUGUUCUUAGUUUUAAGGUUGGCCUAAUACUUCUCUGCAAGGGUCACCUGGAAGAAAAGUAUCGCUAUUUGUUCCGCUUGAUUGCAGAUUUAGACAAAAAGGUCGACCAACGUAAGCUUGGAUUGUUGUUGCAUGAUUGCAUCCAAGUACCGCGACAACUGGGUGAGGUGGCUGCAUUCGGUGGUUCCAACAUUGAACCCUCCGUGCGGUCAUGUUUCGAACGGGCGGGUACCAAUCAGAACGGGGAGCCGCUGGAAACGGCAAUCGAAGCACAGCAUUUCCUCAACUGGUUGCAGCACGAGCCGCAAAGUUUGGUGUGGCUUCCGGUUUUGCACCGUUUGGUAGCGGCAGAGGCGGCCAAACAUCAAGCCAAAUGUAAUAUUUGCAAAGAGUAUCCGAUCGUGGGAUUCCGGUACCGUUGUUUGAAGUGUUUCAAUUUCGAUAUGUGUCAAAGAUGUUUCUUCCUCGGACGCAAUGCCAAAAAUCACAAACUGUCACAUCCAAUGCACGAGUAUUGUACAACGACAACAUCGACGGAAGACGUCCGAGACUUUACACGAGCUUUACGGAAUAAAUUUAAAAGUAGAAAAUAUUUCAAAAAACAUCCUCGCGUUGGUUACCUACCGGUGCAGAGUGUGCUUGAGGGGGAUGCCCUGGAAAGUCCCGCUCCGAGCCCUCAGCACGGAACGCACACGCUGCAAAACGAUAUGCACUCUCGGCUCGAAAUGUACGCAUCGCGAUUGGCUCAGGUUGAGUAUGGCACGCGAAGCAACUCUACCCCGGACAGUGAUGAUGAACACCAGUUGAUAGCACAGUACUGUCAGUCGCUCCCCAACAACGGAGGUCCGAAGUCUCCGGUACAGGUCAUGGCAGCCAUGGACGCGGAACAACGGGAAGAAUUGGAAGCCAUGAUCAAGGAUCUAGAGGAGGAGAACGCAUCGCUUCAAGCCGAAUACGAACGAUUGAAAUCGAAACAAACACCUAUUACAACGCCGGAUGAAAAUCAAUCAAGUCAGGGUACAGGAACCGGUGGAAACGAUAUGAUGGCUGAGGCGAAAUUGCUCCGUCAGCACAAGGGAAGGCUCGAGGCAAGGAUGCAGAUAUUGGAAGAUCACAAUAGACAACUGGAAGCACAGCUGCAGCGAUUACGACAACUGUUGGAUGAACCAAACUCGUCGAAGGCAUCCACCCUGCAAACGCGAUCGGUAACGGCGUCCCAGCUGAAUACUGAGUCACCAGCAAAGUUGCAACAGAAUGGGCAUUAUGAUCAAAAUACUGGCAAGGAAAAUGGCAUAUCUAGCUCAAUGGGCUCAGCAUCUAUGUUUGGUGGAGGUUUGGGAGCAGGGAAUGCUGGCGUUGCGCACAGUGGACACGGCUAUGGUGGUGUUGAUAACGAUCACAUCAAUCAAAUGCCCAUAUCAUCAAGUGGUGGUGGUGGUGUUGGUAAAUCUAUUGGGAACCAUUUUGGCUCGGUGGACACUAGACCACCGCCCCCUCCUCAUACCAGUUUGUUGCACAUGGCGGGUGACUUAAAUCGCGCAGUGGAGGAACUGGUGAAUGUUAUAACGGAACAGGAAAUUGAGCAGCAAAACGGAGACGGAAUUCAUAAUAUGACUGAUAAAUAAAACGUGCAAUCGAAAGCUAUCGAAGGUAGGUUUAAAUAUUUUUAAGAAGACUUAUUUCCUACGCAGUUUGUAAUAUUUACACUGUCUGUUGUGGGAAUAUAGUAGCAAAUUGGACCUUAGGUAUUAUGUAACAUGCAUUAGAAACUUAUUGUUUCUUGGUAACUAAUCUUAUAUCAAAACAAUAAUAUAUAAUCAACAGCAGAAGUUUAUCUGGCCGUCAUUAUUGAAAAUAUCCUAAUCAUUUUUAACAACGUACCAAAUAUGCAAGAGGAAAAACAUACAAUACGAAAAAUUUAGAAAAAAAAACGUGGAACCAUUAGGAAAAUUUUCAAGUGAAUACCCUCGAAAAAGGAAUACCGAUUAAUACGCAGUACUAAAUAUAGUUUCCAUAAUAUGAUAAAAAACAUACAAUCAUCAAUUGUUUUUAUGAAGUACCGUAAGUCGUGUAGAAAAUUUCCUGCGUAUUAUUUCAUAUCAAACAAAAACUCACCAAAAUACAGGCAUGCAACUUAUCAAUUCAGAACAAACCACAAAUCUACAACUCCAAGUACAUAUCCGGAAUAAAACAAACAAAACACACAUUUCGUUGUAUUUAGCCGUGAAUGGCAACACACAAAUUACCAACCCCUUCUUCCGUACUUAUUUUAGUAAUGUAAUUAAGCCAAUCUAAGAAGGACGCUUAUGUUCGAGAAGGGCAUUAAAGUUGAGGACCGUUGUAUGGCAAUAGGAUAACCAAAACGAACGCGGAAAACUCAAUGCUGGAAAACAUUGAAACCGAAACCAUUAUCAAAAAGACAUGCAUCUUAGUGGACAUGAAAAUAUCAUUUAACAGACAUAUCGUCAAUAAUAAACGACAAGUAAUUGCGUAACAGAGGACAAAUGCCAAUUUGAGAAGUUGCAGAGUAGUUAUCAUAACGAAUAAUUAUGAUUAUGAUUCGUACAAGAAAAAAAACACCUAUAGGAGCGCUUUUCUCAUAACAUGGAAACUAUUAUGGAAAAUUAACCUUAUGCAUUUUUACAGUAGAAUAUUCUAAAUUGAUGACCAACGUACAUAAAAAAUAACCAAUCAAUUUUCUUCCCAUAUAUGUUAGGUUACUGAACGUUCUGAACGUAGUACCUUCAUUUUUAUCUAGAUAUCUAUCGACUAAGUUUAAGCCUAGGUUUUUUCAUGUUAGGCUCAUUCACAGACAAGGCAGAAAUCCGGAUUUUUCCUAUUGAUAUAAGUUUUAUAUGCGUCAUUCAGUUCUUGGUCAUAAAACAAUCCGCAAGAGAAUGUUUGAUCGAAUUAAACAGGCGCUUUACGCUUGAUUUUCAACGUGGAUGUUAGUUAUAUUUUUUCCUAUCAAUAUAACACUCCGGAUAGUCCUGAAUCCUGCAUUUGUGUGUGCAAAAAAGUCGUAGAAUGUUGAUUUUCUUUUUUGUAUGGUUAUCAUAGAUUGAUCUGGUUAAGUCGAGGAAGCCAUAUUACCGUGACUGGCUUAAGUAUUUAAAUAUGGAAGUAAAGUUGAACAUAAAAUAUUCAAUACACUAAUACACUAUUAUGAAACUAUAUAAAAUA